AUGAGUAGAGAGAAAACAAGAGGAUUUCGCGUUAGAAUCGCCCAAGAGCUGUACACUUACUGUGCGUUUUGGAUUGCUGUGUCGACUCUACCGGCGUUGGCUUUGUCGUACGUUGUCGUACGCAUCAGCAAACAUUUGUGGAUUAAACUGUUGUCAAGCAGAUAUCCUCAUCUGGAGUUCAUCAGAACGGAUACAGUCCGCUCGUUACUGGACACGCACAGGAAUCAAGGAAUUAUUAAUGUACUAAUAGGUGUAAAAGGUUCUUACAACAUAGAGCAGAUUAAGAACAUACUGACCCAGCACGUGAUCGACCGGCGUGACAAUGAUGGCAACUUCAUGUUUCCGAGACUGCGGCAGUGCCUUGUAUCGUGCUGGGGAAACUACGCAUGGGACGCCAACAUGGUCUUCAGGCCUGAGAACCAUUUCAUAGUGUCAAACGCGGUCUACCGUGGAAGACCAGUCUCAGAUGCUAACAUACAGGAUUACGUUAGCGAGAUCGUCUCAAAAUAUUUUCCUAGCGAUCAACCGCCAUGGCAGUACAUCGUCAUACCUUGCAUAUCGCAAGAGCCCAAGUACUACAUCCUGGUGCGAGUCCAUCACAUGCUGCUAUCCGGAACGAAAUCCAUAAACAUAGGUGAUUUGUUGCUCAUGGAACAAUUGACCCCGGAGGAGAGACACGCGACGGAUCACGGUUACUUGAGUCCGUUGAACAAGCUCUUCCCAACUCCGAAAGCGAUACCGGAGCUAUUGGGCAAGUUAAACGAGAGCUUGUCGAAUGUCUGGAAUGAAUUCAUUUCCGAGUACGACCCCGUGGAGAGUCCUAGGGCGUUGAAGUCUAUGCCGGGAGCCUUCCACGUGGCGGGACUGCUUCUGAUAUCAACCGCCAGCGCUGUUAGGGAACUCAGGAAGAAGAAAUCAAACGAAAGGACCGGGCAGACUUCAGUGACGCCGGCUUCUUUUAUCAGCACGAUACAGCGAGAAUGCAAGCGAAGGAAUCUGACGAUGCCAAAGCUGAUCAUAUCACCACUAGUCACCGCGGAUCCGCGCAAAUGGCCGCGGCUGACGGUCGAAGCCGCUUGGUGCACUACCCGUGCUUUAUUGAAACUGCCCUUCGUUCUCAAAGACGAGCUUGCCGCGAUAAGGGAGCUAAAGUCAACCGGGCAAGUGCAGCAGACGCACACAUUCACGUGGCGGUACGCGGAGCUGGGGCAGACUUUGGCGCAAGCUGCCCUCGAAGCGUGGAGGUGCGCAGCGGAAGUGUACAAGGCGCCGGCCGAACUGUGGUCGGACACGGUCGGCGCCGAUGAUGGGAAACGCCACUUUUUGCAGACGGUAUCGCUGUGCGGACGGAAGGUGGUGUCCUGGUCGCGGCCAGUUCCGCGCGCGUCCAUCGAGCGGACGGGCCGCGCGCUCGGCGUGUCCGCCACCGACGUGGCGCUGUUCGCGGCCACGGACGCCGUGCGCGCCCUCUUCGAGAGCGCGCAGGGCGAUACGCCGGAUUACGUGCUGGCGACGGCGCGCGCGGCCCCCGAGGAGUUCCUCUUCACGUUCGCCGAGGGUGACGGCAAGGAGUACAAGAAGUCGCACACGGGCGGCAUGGUCUGUUUAACGCUGCCCAUAGGCGGGACCCCGCGUCGAAUCGCUUCCGUAAUAUCGGAGGCGUGCCAAUGCCAGAAGGCACUAUCUGGCGCCUGGGCCUUGCAGACACGGUACGGGGCCCUAACGCGGUCGGUGCCUUCGCCUCUCGCCAGGCUCACACUCAACUUACUGUCGAGACGGUAUGCGGUUUCCUACGCGGAAAUAAACGCCCCACCCGAAGCGAAGGCUCGAACAACAUUAUGGAAACAAACAGUCGACCAAGUCAUUUACUGGAGACCCCCGCAGGCAAAUAUUAGUUUGUCUCUUACGGUGAUACAAUACGCGGAUACAGUUCGGCUGGCCGUGAUGACUGACGCACGUCUAUCUCCCUCCCACACAGUACCAGCAAACCGCUGGCCCGCAGCAGUCGAACACUUAGUGGCCAAAGUAGAUCAAGAAAUCGCGAGAAUAGAGGCACAAGCGCAAUCGUCAGGCAUCGAACAAACAGUCACUAUUGAAACGGGGCCAGCAGCCCCAACCGAAAUCAAGAGUCACUCAUCAGAAGCAACGCUAAAACCACCAACAACAGAUUCCUUCACUCCACCGCCGACACGAAAACGUUUGACUCAAGAG